GAUACGAAUAUCUUAACCAAUCAGGAUCAAUCUCUUCCUUCUUUACGGGAGAAAGAUAUCGUGGAAAGAGUUAUGUGUUCCUCUUUUUAACUUCACGCGAAAUUAAAACAUGGCUUCUGAAAUUAAAACAUACUGUUAUGAUGGGAAAAAACCAAUUACUCUAGUCAAAUGGAAGAUAAAAAAAGGAGGCCAACUGUUUUACAAUUCCGUGAUUCUUAGUUACAAACAAGAGGAUGGAAGCACAGGUGAUGGAAAGGAACCGCUGCUUAAGUACAAGUCUAAUAUUGGAGGUACUGUUUCUGAAUUAGUAGUAUCGGAAGGAGAUGUCAUUAAUCCAGGUGCUUCCUUACUGAAAAUUGAACCUUGUACUCAUCCAGUUAUAAUGAAGGAUUUAUGUGCAGAAUGUGGAACGGAUCUCAGACAUCUAGAUCGUGACAAUUUUGAAAAAUUAACUGCAGCAACAACUUUUAGCAUGGUGCAUGUCGUUCCUGAAUUAAAAGUCAGCCUUGAGCAAGCAGAAAAACUGGGGCAAGAUGAUGAAGACAGACUUCUGGAAAAUAGAAAACUUGUACUUUUAGUAGAUCUUGACCAAACGUUAAUCCAUACCACCAACGAUAAUGUUCCACAAAAUCUACCAGAUGUUCAUCAUUUUCAGCUUUAUGGCUCUUACUCCCCAUGGUAUCAUACAAAUUUGCGGCCUGGUACUUUAACGUUUUUAGAAAGUAUAUCAAAGUAUUAUGAGCUGCAUAUAUGUACUUUUGGAGCAAGAUUGUAUGCUCAUAAGAUUGCACAGAUAUUAGAUCCAAAAGGAAAGCUUUUCUCCCACAGAAUUUUAUCCAGAGAUGAGUGCUUUGACGCUACUUCUAAAACAGGAAACUUAAAGGGUUUGUUUCCACGUGGAGAUGAUAUGGUCUGCAUCAUCGAUGACAGAGAAGAUGUCUGGAACUUUGCUCCAAAUGUCAUACAUGUAAAACCCUAUAAUUAUUUCCGCAACACUGGUGAUAUCAAUGCUCCACCACCACCACCACCACCUCCUCCUCCUCCUCCACCAAAUCCUAAAGAAGCUCAAUCUGUAAAACUUCCUGAAAAUACACCACCACCACCUCCUCCUCCUCCUCCUCCAAAUAAUAAAGAAGCUCAAUCUGUAAAACUUCCUGAAAAUAUACCACUUCCACCUCCUCCUCCAAAUCAUAAAGAAGCUCAAUCUGUAAAACUUCUUGAAAAUAUACCACUUCCACCUCCUCCUCCUCCUCCAAAUCCUAAAGAAGCUCAAUCUGCAAAACUUCCUGAAAAUACAAGUUCUGCAGUCAAGAAUUCUCUUCCAAAACCUGAUGCAUCUCCUUCCAAUAAAAAUGAUGAAAUUGAAAAUACUAUAAAAGAGCAGACAACUAAUAAACCUGCUAAAGCUGUUAAAAAUGAUUCGUCAACUCCAUAUGAAAGAACUAAUUUAAAACCUCUAGAAAGUAAUUCUAAAGUAAAUUCCACUGAACCAGAGAAACUUCAAGAAACAAAUAGCAAUACUAAAACUGAGACCACUAAAAAUGCUACAGAUUCCAAAUCACUUGAAACAAACAGCAUAUAUGUUAAUAUCCAUAAUGCAGAUGAUUAUUUGUUGUACUUAGAAGAAAUUCUCAUUAAUAUUCAUAAAACAUACUACGAAAUGUAUGAUAAAAUGAAAAAGGAAGGUAAGAAAGGAAUACCUGAUAUGAAAGUGGUAGUACCUUAUGUACGAAGUAAUGUCUUGAAAAAUACGAGGAUAGUUUUUAGUAGUAUUAUUCCAACAAACUGUGUGCCAGAAAGCCAUCAUCUAUGGACACUUGCUGAAUCUUUAGGAGCUCAAGUUUCUAGAGAAUUAAACUUUGACAAAAAGCAAAGGACUACACAUGUUGUUGCAUCCAAACAAGGUACUGCUAAAGUCAAUGCUGCUAGGAGGCAUAAAGGAAUCCAUAUUGUAUCACUGGACUGGCUAUUAUGCUGUGCUGAGCGAUGGGAACAUGCAGACGAAAGGCUAUUUCCUUUGGCUAAAGACAGCCAAGCUACCCCUGGGGAAAAUGAAAAGAAUGCAUAUUCUUACCACGAUUCAGUUGUGGUAAAAUCAAGAUUCAAAAGGCCACGAAGUUCAAAAAAGAAGCAAAAUGACAAAGAAAAACAGAAAAAGGAAGAUAAUUUUUCUGAGAGAAUAUUUGUUGAAGCAGGGCUUUCUUUGUCUCAAGAUGAUAUUGAAGACAUGGAUAGAGAAGUAGAAGCAGCUUGUAGUGAAGAGUCAGAAGUUGAAGCAGAUAACAGUGCUUCUUCAGACUCUUCUUCGACUGGUGAAUCCCUUUCUUCAGGUGAUUAUCCACGAGGAUGGAAAAAACUUAAAAAAUGUGAAGAAGAUGAAGAUAUAGACAUUGAAAGAGACUUGAUGACAUCUGACAGUAGCGAUGCUGACACCAUUGGUUCUGUAGACGAAGAAAUUGCUGAGGCUGUUAAACAAGAAUUUGGCAAUUGCUGAUUGUGUUAAGAAAUACAAAUAUUUUAUGUCCAGUUUGAAAAUUGUUUAUUUUUUUAAUUGUGUACAAAUACCUUCUUACAAUUUUAUUUAUUUUUAUUCAGAAAAUUCAGGAUUUCCAUACUUUAAUCAAAUUAAUUCAUAAGAAUGCCAUUUUGAUUUUUUAAAUAAAGUAAUAUGGUAAUGCAUAAAUAAUGAAAUUAUUGUAAAUUUAUUAUGUAUAAUAAUAUUAAUAAUUGUAAUAAAUAGCCAAAAUGUUCCAGUUUUUUAAUAGGUUAACUAAUAUCAAGCUUUUGGUUUGAUUAUUUUUUGUUACUAUUAAUGAAAUAAAUUGAUUUAUGCAACAUCAAACCAGAAAGUAAAAGCAUAGUUUUCUUAACAUCUUUUUAUGUAUUAAAAGUAUAAAAUAGGUAUAGAAUAAUUUUUAAAACAGAGCAGAGAAACUUUCAAAUAUAUUAUAUGAAAUCGCACACAAAAAGAAGAAAGCAUGUAGAAAACCUAGGGGGAAAAUAUCAUGGUAAAAUGAGAUUAAAACCUCUAAUUGUAGAUAUCAAAGUGUGAUAAUAUUUAAAGUUUAAUUUAUCUAAUUUCAUUGCAUCAAUUAUUGGUAUUUGAUUCAUUUAUGAAAUAUACAAAUCAUUAGUAUUGUAAUCAAUAAAAAAUUUAACCUCCA